AUGGAAUAAUUGGCUGAUUAAUUGAUCAAUUAGAAUUAAUAUGAAGAAGCAUUCGAUCUUUAUCAGUAAUGUGAAUAAACAUCUCCAGUACUGAUAAAACAAGCCCAACUGGCAACCAAGAUUGGACUUUUUAAAUAGGCGAUUAACUUUUAUUAAUUGGCAUAUCAAAAAGGAGAGAAGAAGAAUGAACUGCUAAUCAAGAUAGGGAAAUUGUAAACUCAAAUAGCCAAUUAUAAUGAGGCAAUUUAAACCUAUAACCAUAUCUUGAAUGUUGAUGAAAACAAUCCCAUAGCUAUGGGUGAAUUAGGAUAUACUCUUUACUGCAUGGAAGAUCAUAUAUAAGCUAUUUCUCAAUUUACAAAAUGCUCCAAAUAUAUUUCCAUAAUCCCUAAAUUCCUUAGUAAAUUAGGAGAUGAACUUAAAAGUGAAUACAAAUAUCAUACUGCUAAACUCUACUAUUUGACAGCCUAUUAGAUAAAAGCGGACUUUAAAGAUUCUAUAUUUGGAUUGAUCGAAACUUGUAUUCAACUAGAAGAGUAUGAGUAGUCAUUAUAAUAUUGUCAAAUUCUUUUGUAAAUGGAUCCUAAUUGUAUAUAAGCAAAUUUAAGAAAAUUGAAAGUAAAGAUCCUUACUAAUAAAAUUGAAGAAGCUGAACAAAUAGUUAAGUAAUUAGAUGGAAUUUCCCUUAAUUAUUAGACUGAAUAUAAAUUGAUUGAUUUGAAAAGCUUAAUACUGUUUAAAAAAUAAUAAUACAUCGAUUGCAUAAUUUACCUAAAAGAUUUCAUAGAAUAAGACCAAUAUUAAAUAAAAUUGAUAGUCACUGUGGCUAAAUGCUAUUACAAGCUUGAAAGUUAUGAAGAGGCAUUGAAUCAAUUGGAGAUGGUAUUUGAUGUUUAUCAACAUUAUUACCCAGCAUUAUAAUUGUAGUGUAAUUAUACAUUAUUAGUUUAGAUGAAAUACUGA